AUGUCCGACUCCGGCACCUCCUCCGCGGACAUUAUCACCUACAUCGGUGUGCCUCUAGCAGUGCUUGGCGUGCUGCCUAUCCUCUACAAUACCGUAGCAACUCUCGCCGCUCGCUCACGUAUCCUGCGCAUGCUCCGCCAUGCCCGACUAACAGCGCUCACCCGCUCAGACGUCGUGAACCGUGUAAUCGAAGUUGACUUGCCGCGUUAUGCCGUCACGCCGUGGGACCGCUUCGACAACCGUGAAGAGUACUGGUCUCUCGCGCGGCAUCCAUCAUCCAUACCCGGUGGUAGCUGGACGGUGUUCAACUGGCGCACCAACACCAUCGGUCUCAAGACCCAGCGGGUGGAAUACGCAGACCAGCUCUGCCAGCCGCAGGUCGAUGUAAGUUUCGACGAGUUGAUAUGCUAUCUCCUUGAUCUCGGCGCCGUCCCGGACCCUCACGGCUGGAGGUUACUGCGAAGCACCGGCCUAUGGACUCCGGUGGGCUGCACUCUCAUGAAGAGUCCCGAUGACCAAGAGAAAGCCCUCGCCAUCGCGUCCUUGAACGAUUCUGAUGGCCAUCUGUCUCUGUCACUGAGCUGGUCUUCCCACUGGACGACUAGGAGUUACGAGUCCCUCCCUCCGUACUGGGUUCGCCUGCCACCCGCUCCGGUCAUCGACUUAAACGGGAUCUCGGAAGACACAAUCACAGAAGAGAGGGACACCGAAACCAAAGACGAUGCCGUCGCUGCCAAAAAGGCACCGUCUUACACCUCCUCGCUCGACUCCAUCUCCCGCGCCGUUGCAACUAACGCGCACAAACCCAUAGCCUGCAAAAUUUCCAGCCACGGCCUCAUCAGCGCCAUCCCUGAGGACGACGACCACCCGACCACCAGCCUCUACAUCGAGCACGUCCGCGUCCGCCCCGGUUCCUCCACGGGCAUCUGGUUCGCCAGCGCCGCCACGGCCUACGGCACCUCGAGCUCGACGAUCCUGUGGAACUACCGCAUUCCAGACGACAUUCUCGCAUUUGCCCGCGGCUCUUCCGUACCGUGCGGCGUGUUGGAGCUGCUAGGCAUCGUCGACGACUCGCAGACGCCAGAAUGGGCCUCGAAGCAUGACGACUCGAGGCAUCACCUCGACCUGAUGAGCCGCCGCAUGCGCGAGCAGCGCAACGCCAUGGCAGCAGAGUCGCGCAUGAGCCAGGCUGACCGAGAGCACGCCGCGCGGGACCGCAUGCGCAUGGAGAACGAGCAACGACUGGACGAUCUCCGCGAUCGCAUGCGUCUCGACACGCAACGCCGGGAAACCCGCGCCCACGAGGCGAUUCAGUCCCCGAAAUGGGACGCCGCGCUCGUCGCAUCGCAUAACCUCCGCUGGCUCCAGCAGCAUGGCCUGGUCUCCUCGGACCCGAUCAGCGGUUCCUUGCGAGCCGUUGCCGCAGGGCUCCUGCAUCGGAUGAUCCUGGAUGGCGAGUUUGCCGGCGAGAUGAGCAGGAUGCUCGACCAAUGGAAGGCGUGGGCCGAGAACGGCGGCUUGCGCAAGUCGGAUCUCGAGGCGCUGCGGGAGAGCCUGAAGAGCUUUGCGCUGGCGAGCUUGCUGGUUGCGGUGAUCAAGGACGUCGGGGCCGCCGCGGAGGGGUCGUUGAGCAUGGACUUACAGGAGUGUUUAAGGAUGUGGCGGCAGUGA